AUGGAGAGGAAGUGCAAGAUUGGAGACGUGACGGAGAAGCUCAGAAAAGGGAAUCGGAAGAAUCAAACGUUUAGUGAGAGGCACGGAGGUAUUUUUUUUUAGAAAGCAUUUUUCAAUUUUUAAUUGUUUUGUUUUGAAUGAUAAUCAAAGAAAUAAAUUUGAAUUCAAAAAUGGUGAAAAAUGAACCUAAUAAGAACACAGCGUUCUAAAACGGGGUUUACGCAAAAAGACUCAGGCACUGGUGCGCGCACGCGCGGUACUGAUUCUUUUUUCGCCUUUUCCACUGAAAUACGGUUUUGAAAUAUAAUUUUCAUAUUUUUGUAACACUACCCAGUGCCCCUGCUCACGUUUUAAAGUUGUUCCGAGCACUUUCUAACACAUUUAUGAAAAAAACAAUUGUCAAGGGAAACUUUGUUAUUUCAAAUUUUUUUGAGCGUUUUUAAUUGUUAUAAACUGGUGCAGAGCAAUGAUAGAAGAUGAGCAAACAUGAAAAAAAUAUUAAAUUUAUAACUUUUUUAGUUAGUUAAAAAGCCAAAAAAAUAAAAAAAGACACCCCGCGCGUGCGCGCACUUUUUGGCAACAAACACGCACCGUCAGUGCCUGAGGAGGCGCACACUAUUCUCAAUGGAGCGCGUAACUUGGAGCGUUGUCAAUCAAAAAUCAAAGUGCUUUUUUUGUUUAAUUUACAUGCUAUUAACUUUUUUUGAUUGUUUUUUUCAAAAAUCUUUUUUUGUUUCUAUGCAUGUAAAUUUUUUUAAUUAAUGUUUUUUUAACGUAUUAGAAAGUUUUUUUAAAGUAUCCAUAGCUCGGUAAUGUGUCGAAACGUUGUUUAUAAAAGAAAAUACUGUAUCCAAGAGAUAAAACCGAAAAUCGAAAUUCCAACUCCAGGAAUCGAUCAAAAUAUCAGUUCCCAACUAAUAAACAAGAAAAAAAAGCUGUCAGUGUCCGCGCAAAAGAGAAAAAUUUCGACUUGACGAAAAAAUUCAAAAAAAGGUGUAAUUGGUCUGUACCUAAGAGACAAAAGAGAAAAUCGAAAUUUCAACUCCAGGAACCGAUCACAUUAUCAGUUUUCAAUUACUUGAACUGGAAAGAAAAGAAUACAAAAUCAAACCUGAGUUAAAAAUUUCGACUUUCGUGAACAGAACAAUUAUGUAGUCCUUUGAACCAAUCAAACCACAAGAAAAUAAACUGCGAAAUUUCAAGAGAGUUUUAGGAAAUGACUAGCAACACUUGGAAACUAUAAAUGUCAGGAAAAAAAAAAUGCUAGCCUUCAAAUAAUCAAAAAAUCCGGACUCUUAAUUACGACGCGAAAAAGACGAUUGUUAGCCACGCCCACUCAUGCAACGUCCGCAUGCUUCUCAGAAAAGGGGCGGGAACCCCGCUUUAGAACGCUGUGAGAAAUGAAAUGAUUCAAAAUAGACAGAACCAUAACAAACAAAGAUAAUUGCAAUGGCCGAUUAAACAGUUAAAUACCCAACGUAAAUUCGAUAGAGAAAAGGUUGAUGGCGUGUUCAUCGGACUGAACGGAAAUUGCUUCAAAACGCAAAAAAAGUUGCUCCAAAACAAAAAUUAGUAUUGUUUUGGAGCAUUUUUGGUGCGCCGUUGAACACGGUUUUUCGUUUAAAAGCUUGUUCCGUUUUUCCGAUGAACACGCCAUGAAAAUUGGAAAAAAAGAAGUAACAAUCGAAUAUAGUCUGUUCAGAUUUUGAAUGUCAAGUCGAUGCUCAAGCUCCGCCCAUAAUGGUGCGAUAAACCAAUCAGAGAGCGAGCCAUCCACGGAGCGCUUUCGAAUGGCGUCAUUCUACUUGACAUUCAAAAUCUGAACAGACUAUAUGUCGUGUUCAAAGUAAUUUCCGCGAAAUGCAAAAUGAUCUCUGACUCUCCAAAAUUUAGUGAUCUUUUCCUUUCUCUAACGGGUAUUUUGCAUUUCGCGGAAAUUACUUUGAACACGGCAAUAAGUAAAAAAUACAAAGUUGCCCAGACCUGCGCCUUUAACUAUGCACAGGCUUUUCUUUUCAUCCAAAUCAAAAAAAAAAUAUUUUUUGAUUUGGAUGAAACUUCACCCAGUGUGAUACCCCAUCAUCAGAAAUGCGGACCCAACUUUUUGAGCCAUUCCCUCUUACUGUAGCCGGGUUACGGUAGGCAGGUGGGCACCUGCGUAUCUCAGUAUUGAAGAGUUUUUUUACUAGGCGAGUGAUAUAUCAAUCGAUAGGUAAUCCAAUUUCAAGAACUUUUUACAGUACAUACCAUCUUGGGUUACGGUCGAAAAAAAUUUUUGAGUUACGGUACUUUUUUUGUGUCUGCCGAGUCAGUUUUUUUCGACCACCAUGAGCUUGAGCCAGGAGAUCCAUUCUUCCUAACUUCUCAAAAGAUACCUUAUGAGAAGCUGUACAAGCUGGUACUAGUUUGACAAAAUCCUAGGUGGACCAUCAUUUCGAAAAAUCGCCCCGAAGGCGCGCAAUCGUGGUCUUGCGGCGGCCAAGUGGGUGAAGUCCAUGAUGCCGGACGGCUAAUUUUUCACAGAUCCAUUCCAAUCUUUGUUUCCAUUCCACUCAUAGAUGUCUAUUAUUGAUUUUUAUUUCAAUUUGAGAUGUUUUCGGGUUGACCAUCAUCUCGAAAUUCCAUUUUGAACCCAAAUUUGGCUUGAAAACUUUUGGUUUACCCUUCCAAUGAGAUUAUUGGUUCCGUCAAUACAGAUCUUGGCCCUUUUUCACUUUUUUGAUGAGAAUAUAAAGAUGAGAACUGAAAAUAAAUUUUUAUUUUUGAACCAAUUCCAAAAUGACCGUUUACCUAGGAAAUCCACUUUUUAAAUAAAAAUUUCGCUUGAAAAUCGAAAUAUUUUUGGUUAUUUUUUUCACAAAAAAAUAGUCACAUGACGAAUGUCUUGUUUUUUUAGGUAUGAAAAAAAUUUUUGAAGAUUUAGAACUACUAUUUAGGUUAUAAUAAAAAAACAUUUAUAAAAAAAUCACCUUGAAAGUUAAGUUUCAACCUCACCGGUGGUCAGAGUGUCGGGUUUUUCUCUUUCAUGAAAAAAAUUACUUGGUAUUUUCACAUUUCUCAUUUUUUUGAUUACCUGUUUUGAAAAAUAAAUUGGCAGAAUAGAUUUUUGCUGUAAAUGAUAAAAAAACUUCAAAUGGGGAAACUAAGCCGAUAUUUGAGUUCAAAAUGGAAUUUCGAGAUGAUGGUCCUCUCAAAAAGGGUUUCCGAUUGUUAUAAAACUGUUGUUCAGACACUCUUGUUCAUGUUUUAAGAAAGAAAAAAAGUUGAGAACGGUCAUAUACGAAGUCAGGGAUCCCGUGGAAAAAGCCGUGUCGGCCCUUUUCAGGCCAAAUUUGGGUUCAAAAUGAAAUUUCGAAAUGAUGGUCAACCCGAAAACAUCUCAAAUUGAAAUAAAAAUCAAUAAUAGACAUCUAUGAGUGGAAUGGAAACAAAAAAAUUGGAAUGGAUCUGUGAAAAAAAUGAGCCGUCCGGCAUCAUGGACUUCACCCACUUGGCCGCCGCAAGACCACGAUUGCGCGCCUUCGGGGCGAUUUUUCGAAAUGAUGGUCCACCUAGGAUUUUGUCAAACUAGUACCAGCUUGUACAGCUUCUCAUAAGGUAUCUUUUGAGAAGUUAGGAAGAAUGGAUCUCCUGGCUCAAGCUCAUGGUGGUCGAAAAACUGACUCGGCAGACACAAAAAGUACCGUAACUCAAAAUUUUUCGACCGUAACCCAAGAUGGUAUGUACUGUAAAAGUUCUUGAAAUUGGAUUACCUAUCGAUUGAUAUAUCACUCGCCUAGUAAAAACUCUUCAAUACUGAGAUACGCAGGUGCCCACCUGCCUACCGUAACCCGGCUACAGUAAGAGGGAAUGGCUCAAAAAGUUGGGUCCGCAUUUCUGAUGAUGGGGUAUCACACUGGGUGAAGUUUCAUCCAAAUCAAAAAAUAUUUUUUUUUUAUUGUACCCGUUGUUUUUGAGAAUAACGGAGACAGCGUGUUAAAUCGCGAAUAUUUCAAGUACUAAUUUUUUAAAUCAAUGUCUUUUUGAGUCUGUUUUUAGUUGAGAUCUUAUCUUCUGAAAGCAUGCUCGUUUUGAGAUUUACGACUCGGGAGCGGAUUCGAUGCUAAGGAGUACAGCAUCGAGCAGUCGGGAAAAACGAAGGAAGCCAACACACCUCGGAAUCACCCGGGAAGUUCAGCGGGUAGCUUUUUAUAUGUAUUUCAACUUUUCGUGUGAAGAAACGUGUCAGAAAUCUUCUGGGCCGGUGUUAGAAGAUUUAAAAUUUUUAGGAAUGUAUAAAACUUUUUUCAGGAACGCCCCUCGGUCCGACGAUAAGCGAGAAGGGCACGAAAAAUACCCUAACGGAGGAAACGCAUAAAAGACCCAGGAAAAAGAAGAAGAAGGGGAAGGGGAAAAAGCGGAACCCUGAGCCGACAUGGGUUACAAAGCGUGCGGUGGAUGGUUAAUUUUUUUUUUGUUUUUGAAAAAAAUCUUUCAGAUUCUCAGAAGGGGCAAAAAAUGCGCUCUUUUUUCAUAGCCUCAGAGGAUCCUUUUUGAACUUUUCAGUUGCUUCUUGUUGUAGGAUGUAAAAAUGAUAACCCUUAAAAGCACCUUUUUUUUCCGAGUAGAAUGAAGUUUCAUUUACAGCGAUAUUUUCUGUUAUUUGAGAACUUGUAAUUUUCAGUGAUUUUCCACCGUUUUUAACCCAUUUUCAGGCGUUUUUCACUCAAAUCGAAGGCGGAAACUAGAUUUUUUUUUGCUCUAAACAAGAAAUUCUAACGAUUAUUUUCUUUGCAGAGAAUGCGAUUCACGAAAUGAUCGUCCCCGAGGUGAAAGUCCCCAUUCAAGAAGAUGCCAACGAGAACUUCCUCGACGAAUUUGUUUAUUUUCACGGGUUCGAAGAAAAAUAUGGAAAUUUUGGAGAAAAUCAAUAUCUUUCAGGUACUUGGACCAAUUGGAGACGCGCAGAUUUAUAAGACGCUCUGGUGAUUAUUUGAUCAGGAAGGCUGAAAGUUUUCGGAUUGAAAAGAUUAGAAAAUCAAACUUUUUUUUUCCAGAUGAUGAUAAAACGCACGUCGUUUUCAGUGUUGGUGAGCUCUUGACGACCAGCAAGCCCAUUGAGGAGAAUAGUGAAUUUUUUGUUGUUUUUGAAAAAAUUAUUUCGAUAAAAUGGAGCAUAAAAGUUAAUACUAUCAGAAAAGGGGAAUUUUAGAAAAGAACAAAAAAAAAUUGGGGGCAAAAUGUGCAUCCUGUAGGGGUGAAAUUUAAGUGGUUCCUAUAGGGUUGAAUUUUUUUCUUUCAGAUUUGUAAAUUUCGCAGAACAAACUUGAUGAAAACAAACCCCACACGAAUUGGCUUCAGGGUCUCCUAUAGGGGAGCUAAAGUGGUCCCUAGAGUGGAAACUUCAAAGGUCCUUAUGAGGACCAAUGUGAUGUUCCUAUGAUACUUUUUCUCAUUAUCAUGUUUUCAAAAAGUUCAAAAUUCAAAAAUUAAGAUUUAAAGGCGCAGAAGUCUUGAAAUAGCCGUUCGCCUCAAGGCCUUUAUCAGACUCCACCCAUGCUCCUUUAAACACCAUAACAAGUAUUUUUCACGUAAUUUCUACUAGCUUUAAGGGAACUGUAUUAAUAUCUCCCAUCUUUUUCUCCUCUUAUAAUUUUUUCUGAAACUUCAGGGGAGUUGCAAGAGAAGGGCGACUUAGAUGAGCCGAUCAGGGUUGAGGACUACAUCGUCCUGAAAAAUGAACUGGGCUACUCAAUCCACAGAGAUUGGGCUUUUGAAAAUCUAGAGGAUCUGAUCGUGUUUUACGUCUUCCACCCAGAACUCGUUAGUUUUUUGAAAAAUAAAGGAUUUUUGGAAAAACCACCAGUGGUCGCAUUUGGAAUGGCUCAAAUUUAAAGGAAAAGGAAGCUUAAAGCCUUCUGAUGACUUUGAGCGUAAGCCGGUCGGAGUCGGACGCAGUUUUAGCCAUUCCACAUGCGGUCAUGUGUUCAGAUGAUUUCAAUUCGACUUUUUUAAGGAGAAGCUGAGCAUCCAGUUGAGACGGGGUAUCCCACGGAGACUUUUCGAAUUCGGCCCUAAAGACAUCGAGAAAAUUAGUAGCGUAAGGCUGAUAUUUUGUAUACAUUUUUAAAAAUUACAGGCUUUAUAACUUGCUUAAAAACCGAAAAGAUACAUUUUUUGAAAUUUUGUAUUCAAAAAAAGCGCCCGGAAAGCAUUUUAUCAAUUUUUGAAAAUCUGAAAUUUUCAAGAGUUUUCAAAGCUGUCUUUUCCUGAUUUUCACGAAUUGUAUUUUCUCAGCUUGGAACCGGGACUUAUGGCGAUGUAUACCUGGCGGAAUUAUCCGAUACUCGAGGCCUCCUAGAAGAGCACGUCGCUGUCAAAUGUGUGAGUGAAGUUUGAAGGUUUAAUAUAAUAAAAAAUUCGUUCAAAGUGAAAUAUAUGCCGCGCUUCUCAUUACGCGUCCAACGGUGUAUUUCAAUUCCCUAUAUAGUCCGUUUUCCGUGACUUAGGCGGGUCUUCUCUGCGCCCUCUUCUUCCCUCAGCGACCCUCUCAUGUUGACCUGCUAUUUUCAUGUUUCUCUGACCUCGCCGGUGAGGGAUCAGAGAGACGCAGACAGGAGAAAAACGUCGCGGCCAACAUUCAAUUUUUGCACAAAAACUGGUCCUGAUAUGGAAAGGAACAUAGUUCUCCGUUAGAGGUUACUGUAAACAAUUUGGUGUAUACCGAUUUUGGAUCGCGAUUCCUCUUACUAAAACUAGGGUGUAACCUGCAGUGAACCCCGAAAAAAGUGAAAAUUUCGUUGAUUUUUUCGGUGCACCCCGAGUUUAACUUGGUUGGGGUGCACUUCUAGGACAACCAGUCGAAAAAAAAAAAGUUUUUUGGGGCUACCGUAACGACUCAGGAUGAAACUGUAGAAAAUGGGUGUAUUGUACGGAAUGAGUACCUAAAGGCUUUAAAGCUGAACGGGGUGCGCCUCUGGUUGCACUUCGCGGUGCACCGAGAGUUCAAAGCAAGGUGCACCCCCACUUUUUAAUAGUUGUCUGAAAAUUACGAUUUUUUUCGUACCCUUUGAAAUGGAUCGUUGAAAUUGCGAGAGAUAGCUCUGAAAGAAACAGUUUUUUCAAACUGAACAAAUUAAAAAACUUUUUUUUCCAGCUCAGAUCGGAUAACCCGAAUCUGAGGGAGCUCAGCCGAAAACUCAUGCAAGAGGGCCGAAUCCUGAUGGAUCUGCACCAUCCGAACAUCAUCAGGAUGUUAGGAUGGAUGAUCAUGAAGCAGCCCAUCAUGCUCGUUAUCGAAUUCAUGCCUGGUGACUUUUGAAAUCUUUAUCUUGGGCUUUAUGCCGAAGUUAUGUGAUCAGAAAGUUGAGAAAAUGUUUCAUUUAAGGAUUCCCUUGAAGUUAAGAAGUCACUUAACACACGUUCUCCGAGAUUUUCGAAUAACCGUUGGUACAAAAAUUUCAUCUUUGUUCCUGAGAGCUCUCCUUGCUAUCAUAGAUAGUGCACAACCUCUUGAAUAUUUAGAACCAGGUUUUAUUAGGCUCCGCCCACUUUCAGGCUUACUGUAGAAAAAAUACCGUAAAAAUCAAACAUUUUUCCUAGUGGAGCAAAUUGGUUCAAACCAAUUUCAAAACAGAAUAUGUUCCCAUAUGAGCAUUUAUAGUUAUAGAACUGACCGGGAAAAAAUUUUUUUCCAGAAGAAAAAAAUUAAAGUUUUUCGGAAAAGGACGAUUUUCUCAGUCUUUGAGCCAUAACUAGUACUAGAACCCCCGAAUGCCUGGAUUUUUAUUUUUUCAAUCGACGCAUUAGGGUCUUGUGAGUAGAGAAAAAAUGUCUAGAAACUCUGAAUCCGGGUGAUCCAGUUGACCUCCAUCUCGGAGAACGCGGCCAACUUGAAAAUCGCAAAACCUUUGAAAAUUUCUAUUUUUUGUGAAAGCCGGAUUCCGUCUUGUUUCUUAUUUUUGCUCGACAUAACACAGCUUGCUGCAAAAUUACAGCUCAAAAGUAGCGAGCUGGAACCCUUUGAAAAAAAAUUUCUGACAUUUUUCCAUUUUUUCGUUUUUUCGGCAUUUUCAAACUUUUCGCUCUUACUAGUACUAGAACCCCCGAAUGCCUGGAUUUUUAUUUCCUUUAAUCCGACGCAUUAGGGUCUUGUGAGUAGAGAAAAAGUGACUAGAAACUCUGAAUCCGGGUGAUCCAGUUGACCUCCAUCUCGGAGAACGCGGCCAACUUGAAAAUGACUAAAUUUUUAAAAAUCAUUUACUUUCUUGGGAGCAGGAUUUUCCCUCACUUUUUUUUGCCAAUAAGACACAAUUCACUCAACGCAAAAUCGGAACAAAAAGUUAUGACUCUCAAGCAUGAGGAAAUUUUUUUUUCCAAUUUUUCACUUUUUCGGAUUCAUUUUUUUUUUCUGUCCUUUCCAAUUAUUGAGCUCUACUGGGAUAGGAUGCCCGGAAAGCCUAGUGUUUUUUCGUCGUACUGAUCCGUUACAUCUUCCUAAGCUCAUUAAAAAUAUUCCCAAGCUCUGUUUCCGGGUGAUUCAGUUGACCUCCAAGCAACCGAAGCGGUCGACCUCGAAUUCCAGCGAAAUUAAAACUUUUUUCAAAAACGUUUUUCUGCUUUUUAACCAACAGUUCUCAUUAUUUGGAGAUUUUUCAGUUAAGUUCCUAUACUUUAAAAAUAGGAAAAAAAUUCAGAAACUCGUUUUUUUAAUCGAAAAAAAGUUACUCAUAAGGAAUGUCUAUUUACUAAGGUGGUUAAGAAUUCUUAAAAAAUUUACAGAAUACUCAUCGAUGUACCAGAAAAAUAUCCUGAAAGUUUUAACCUGAACGACUCACUUGUUUUCAGGAAAUGAGAACUCAGGUGCGAAAAAUGGCCUUUUUUGAGAACUGUGAUUGUUUUAUUGCGUUAGGAAUUUUUCUCAAAAAAACUAGAAAUUUUUUUCAAGUGAAGUUUCUUUUUAGAAUAUUCAUCUGGUAUAUUAGGAAGUGUCUAGGCUGACUUUCAGGAGUUUCUCAACCGCAAUGUGAAAAUGUGUUUAGGGGGCCCCGAUAGGGCGUAAAUUAGGGGCCUCCGCAGGGGGAAAAUUUUAGAGGCCCCGAUAGGGACCCUGAAGCUUCUCUCGAACCCCUAAACGAUUUGGGGCCCCUAUAAGGAGUAAAUUUUUUACAAAAAUUUUUUUUUAGAAGAGUUGUUUGAAAGAGUUAGGGUCGAACAUUAAGAAGCGAAUUCUAGUGAAAAUUUGAUCCUAACCCCUUUAAGGCCCCUUUUUAAUUAACCCCUGUAGUAGCCCUAAACCCGAUUUUUCAGGACCCGAAUGAAAAUUGAGUUAGGGGCUCCCUCGACGGCCCCUACAAGGGGCUACAUUUGUCCCCACAAAAUAUUAGUCACUAUUUUUUUGUGAAUUGUGGCUUAACGUGAGUUGGAACUUUUUUUUUUAGGAGAAAUACCAGUGAAUUCCAGAUUAUUCGGCAAACAUGGGUACUGCUGGUGCUGCGUCACAAAAAAAAAUUUUAGCAAUAAAAAUACAACAAUAAAAAUAAGCUUUUUGAUAAGAUUGACGCUAGCAAUUAGUGGAAACUUAACUGAAAAAUCUCCAAAUAAUGAGAACUGUUGGUUAAAAAGCAGAAAAACGUUUUUGAAAAAAGUUUUAAUUUCGCUGGAAUUCGAGGUCGACCGCUUCGGUUGCUUGGAGGUCAACUGAAUCACCCGGAAACAGAGCUUGGGAAUAUUUUUAAUGAGCUUAGGAAGAUGUAACGGAUCAGUACGACGAAAAAACACUAGGCUUUCCGGGCAUCCUAUCCCAGUAGAGCUCAAUAAUUGGAAAGGACAGAAAAAAAUGAAUCCGAAAAAAGUGAAAAAAAUUGGAUUUCCUCAUGCUUGAGAGUCAUAACUUUUUUUGUUCCGAUUUUUGCGUUGAGUGAAUUGUGUCUUAUUGGCAAAAAAAAGUGAGGGAAAAUCCUGCUCCCAAGAAAGUAAAUGAUUUUUAAAAAUUUAGUCAUUUUUCAAGUUGGCCGCGUUCUCCGAGAUGGAGGUCAACUGGAUCACCCGGAUUCAGAGUUUCUAGUCACUUUUUUUCUCUACUCACAAGACCCUAAUGCGUCGGUUAAAGGAAUAAAAAUCCAGGCAUUCGGGGGUUCUAGUACUAGUAAGAGCGAAAAGUUUGAAAAUGCCGAAAAAACGAAAAAAUGGAAAAAUGUCAGAAAUUUUUUUUCAAAGGGUUCCAGCUCGCUACUUUUUGAGCUGUAAUUUUGCAGCAAGCUGUGUUAUGUCGAGCAAAAAAAUAAGAAACAAGACGGAAUCCGGCUUUCACAAAAAAAUAGAAAUUUUUCAAAGGUUUUUUGCGAUUUUCAAGUUGGCCGCGUUCUCCGAGAUGGAGGUCAACUGGAUCACCCGGAUUCAGAGUUUCUAGACAUUUUUUCUCUACUCACAAGACCCUAAUGCGUCGAUUGAAAAAAUAAAAAUCCAGGCAUUCGGGGGUUCUAGUAUUAGUUAUGGCUCAAAGACUGAGAAAAUCGUCCUUUUCCGAAAAACUUUAAUUUUUUUCUUCUGGAAAAAAAUUUUUUCCCGGUCAGUUCUAUAACUAUAAAUGCUCAUAUGGGAACAUAUUCUGUUUUUGAAAUUGGUUUGAACCAAUUUGCUCCACUAGGAAAAAAAUGUUUGAUUUUUUUACGGUAUUUUUUUCUACAGUAAGCCUGAAAGUGGGCGGAGCCUAAUAAAACCUGGUUCUAAAUAUUCAAGAGGUUGUGCACUAUCUAUGAUAGCAAGGAGAGCUCUCAGGAACAAAGAUGAAAUUUUUGUACCAAAAUUUUUGGCAUUUGUUCGAUUUUCUGGGAGAAUGCGUGUUAAGCGCUUCAGGGACUCUUGAAUCUGAUUUUAAUACAUUUUACACUUUGAAGAUCCGAAUUCUUCCAACUUGAAAUAUUGAGCUCGAGUGGUGGGGUUUUCUGACUUGAAAAAGACGGAAAUUUUGAGAUUUUACUUUUUUGGCUUCUUGGAUUUAUUGUGGAGCGAUGACUGACUUAAAAUUUAUUUUUUUUAUGUAUUUGAUUUUUUUUUUCUCAGUAGUACUUCUUCGCCUUAUCUAAACGUAUUUUUCCUAAUCACUUUUUUCAAAAAUUCGUCAAAAAAGUUUUUUUCUAAAUCAAGUCCUUUUUAUUAGAAUAUCUUCUGAAAGUCCUCGUUUGCCCCUCAGAAAAUAUUCCUUUAUUCUGAAUUGUUAGAAAAGUUUUUCCAGACCGUUUUUUUUUUCCUUUUUUGAGCUCACCCUUUUCCCAGGCGGCGCCCUGGACAUCUACCUCUUGAAUCAUUUCAUCGUGACCAGUACGACUCGACUCUUGAAAUUCGCCUUCCAAGCGGCUCUCGGCCUGGAAUACCUGCACGACCGGGAUAUUAUCCACAGAGACGUUUCCGCAAGGAAUUGCCUCCUGGCGUCGAAUGGAACGGUUUGAGCCGCGUUUUCUCGAAAUUCUCGCGAAAAUCCAAGCGUCCGCGAUGAUUUUUUCUGAUCAUUUUUAUCAAUAGCAUGUAGCUGAUUUACUAUUGGUUUCAAAAAAAAGGUCCUGACACGGUCGUGAAGCUAGCCAUGAACCGACUAUACACUGCUAGCCUAAAUGAAACGAUUUUUGAACAUUUUAAUGGAAAGUAUUUACGGCUGCUCAUUUUUAAACCGUCGAGAGCUUAGAAAAUAGGAAAAACAUGAUAUAUUUAGAAAAAAAUUGGAUCAAACGUAAGAAAAAAAUAUAUAUAUAGAAACGCUUUAAUUUGCCCAAUAUUUUUCACAUUUUUUUCUUCCUACCUUCUUUUUUUGAAGUUGAAAUGAAAAAAAUCAAGAAAUCUUGAUGUGAAAUUUUUUUGAAUAGAAAAAAAUGUUUGAAGCUUAAAAUUUUUCAAUUUUUCUCUGAUUACUGUGAGGACGGUAAAGAAGGAUGUUCAAUAAAGAUUUUUUUGUGAAAUUUACAUUAGGAAAAAGCUUCGAAUAUAAUUGAAAAUUGGUUGAAUUUAUUAACAUUCCAUCGAAUUGUGUUAAAGCGGUACAAAAAAAUAAAGGUUUCCUAACCGCAUUGAAUUUAAUGAGACGGUUUCAUUGAGACUAUUUAUAUUUACUAUUUCAAAAACUGCCAAAACUUUUCGAUUUUUCAGUUGAAACUGGCCGAUUUCGGCCUCGCAGUACAGGGAGACUUCCAUAUCAUGGAGGCGCCCGAAAGCCUCCCGACGAGGUAUCUGGCGCCCGAGAACCUCUCGGUUUUCGUCUUUGUGACUUCCUCUGAUUGCUACUCUUUCGGCGUGCGUCUCCCCGUAGGACCUUUCCAGAAAAUGGAGAAUUUGCAGAACUUGUUGUACGAGAUCUUCAGCGGCGGAGCGAUCCCCUACGAGGAAUUCACGUCUGCGGAAGCGAAGACACGAGUAAGUAACGGAAAGUAUCUUGGAAUCUGGAUUUCAGUCAGACUGGACCCUAGAGUGGGCAUUUCCAACCCCGUUUAGGGACCACUUGAAUGCAUAAUAAUGGUCACUAGAAUGGGACGGCUGUAAAGCUGAUUCAUGGCUCGCUUGAGACAUCAAAAAAGGUCCUGACAGGAUAAAAUAUGAGAUAGUGCCUGGUUUGUGGAGAGCGCAGACACGCCACUUCCCAAGUUAGCCGUGAAUCGGCUAUGAAAACCUUCAUACUUUUUGUAGUGGGCACGAUUUGUCAUUAGAGCCUUGAAAAGUCGUCUAUACGUGAUAAUUUUCGAGCUUCCCAUUUUUUUUUUUUCAUGCAGCCUUUUCUCUUUAAAAGCGCUCAAUUUAAAGAUUAUUCGAGCUCUUCUAAAAAAGGUUUUUUUGAUGGUAUGUCGCUUUUUUUCGACUUUUGAAACAUUUUUCACCUUUGAACUCAUUUGAACCUUUAUUUGGAAGUAGUUUGCGCUCUAUCGAUAAGAUUAAUAUUAAAAAUUUUAGAAUAAUACCUUUUCUCGGACCUUUGUAACGAAAACUGUGCUCCGGACGUUUCUGCGCAUUUCUAAGGAUCACUUGAGAGCGCUGACGCUACUAAAGGAGUCACUAGAAGCCCCGAAAUGUCCGUUUUGCGUUACCAAUGUCCGAGUAUCCAGUAAUUUUUUGGGGGAUCAAAAAGAAGACUUCUUUCGAGCUUUUUUUUUCUGGAAACGAUUUUUCCAAACUUUCUAGCUCUUUUUCGAUCCUUUUCUUUCCAUUUCGAUUUCCGACGGAAUUCAGAUUCUUGAUGGAGUUCUCAAUAGUAUGGAUAGGACCCGGGCGCCUCCAGAAGUCGCCAAAUACGUCGUCGAAUCUCUCUGGGCUUUCAACAUGCUACAAAGACCCACCAUGGCUGACGUAAUCGAAUUUUCUGAGUUUUUGAAAAAAUAACCAACUUUCCAGACGGUCACUUUCCUCGAAGAUGCUAUGAAAAACGUCACGGAUGUCAGUUUCAUUUUUGUUUUGAAAAUAAAUCAAUAAUUUUUUCAGGUGGACCGAAUGACGAGAACGGGGACAGCUGAUACGGAGGAGGUUAUUUUAAGUGGUCACUUGAGUGAAAAAAAAUCCUGUUUUUUGAUAGAAUAUCGACUUGAAAGUCAGCAGAUUUCGGCUCGAAGUUCAAAUUUCAAUCUUUUUCAAAUAUUUUCCUGAUGAACCUGAAAAAUCAUAUUUUUUCAAAUAAAAGAGGGAAAAGACAAGAAACUGACUGUAGGGGUAGUUUCAUUUUGAUUCCUACUUAAUCGAAAAAAGCGGAAAUUUUGAAGUUUUGGACUUUUAGUAUUCCUUUCUGAUAUUCUGGAUAAUUUUCGAGUGCAAAGUAAAAUUAGCUCCUUUGCAUGUUAGUUAAACUGAAAUAGUGACCGAAAAAAUUUCUAUUUGACCUUUUUUCCAGGUCUUUUUUGGUCACUUUAAGAGUCACUUGACAAUUUUCAGUGGAAUAUUUCUAAUUUUCAACAAAAAAAAAAUUCAAACUUCCCUACCAGAUUUUUUUUGUACAUUUGCCAUUUGAAGUUUUAAAAAUUGACUUAAAUUUUAGGCCGAAGUCGAACCAGAGGACUUUACUGUUCCCGAACCUGGACCCAUUAAGCGCGCGUUCCGCCGAAGUGUCAGUUUUUUCCUUCUUUUGCCUAAUUUUAAAAUGUUUCAUUACUUUUUUUCAGACCCUCAACGAAGAACUCUGUCCGACCCAGGAGGAAACGGUCUCCGUUAAAAAAAAUAAAACUAUUUUUCUUCCUCGAGUUUCCCCCGAAUAAAUUUUUUUGAAUAUUAAAUUGAUUUUUUUAUUUUUACAAUGGUCCUUGAAAGUUUGGUGUGCGGCUGGAGCUGUUAUAUUUUUUACAAAAUGAAGUUGUUGGGAAAAGGAAUUAUUUGGAAUUCAAGAUAAGCUUCUGAGAGAUAGUUAUGAAAGCUUUUCAAGAAGAUGCCUUGAAACGAUUGUUUGAGUUUUUGAGACGUUUUUUUGAACCGAUUUUUUCGAACUAUUAUUUUUUUAAAUAAAAGAAAGUUGCUACGAAAAUUCCGGUUUUCUGGCUCAAAUUUGAUUUUUUCUGGAAAUAUUGGUAAGUUUCUGCGAGUCUUUCCUUUUAUUUGAAUUCCGAUUUCUCAAAUUAAUUUUUUCAUCCAUUGAUAGUUCAUGAAAUUUUUUAAGACUUGAUGAGUAUUUUUGAAAAUUUCAAUUUUUUUAAGUUAAUAAACUCCUAAAUGAUCCUUUUUAAAAAGAAACCGAGAACUGGAAUCAGUCGAAUCAUCACGUGUACGUUCGUUUUCUUUUCAGGAAUUUUAAAGCGAUGCUUUUCGAAAUUUCGAUCCGAAUUUCAAGUUUUGUAUAGUCUGUUCAGAUUUUAAAUGUCAAGUCAUCGCUCAAACUCCGCCCCUAAUGGUGCGAUAAACCAAUCAGAGAGCGAGCCAUCCACAGAGUGUUUUUGAAUGACGUCAUUGUAAUUGACAUUUAAAAUCUGAACAGACUAUAGGAUUCUUAUUGCUCUCAGAACGUUGAGCUCGUCUCAAAGAACAUUUUACAUUUACGUGUUCAUAAUUAUUUGACUCAUCUUUCGAAUGCGAGAAAAUUUCAAAAAUCAUUUCACGUAUGAAUCAGUUCAAUUAAACCUAACUCUAACUUUAUUUUCACAAAAAAUGAAAUGAUUGCGUCAAAGAUAAGAGGCGUCAUCUUGAAUGAGCUCGUUAUGAGCUCAUUUACUAUCGACACGGACGCGAUGAGUCGCCUCCUUGGAGGUGAGCUCUCUCUCCAGCUUCUUCUCUGCUCGGGACUGUGGCGGGACUCUGCUCCCGCGCGGGAGCCGUGAGGAAAACCUUAGGAUGCUUAGAUUAUAUGUCAUUUGCAAUUAAUUUAGAGUAGUUCGGUCGAAAAUGUUAUUCAAUUCUUGCAAACACCGCCUGUUUGACUAAGCAAUCAGCUUUCCACUUUUUGAACAUAAGGAUCAAAACUAAAACAAGAAAAACUCGAAUCUUUUUUUGAAUGCCAGAGUCCUGCAGUCUUAAGCAUCUUCCUGCGUUUAAUGGGAUUUAUUUCUAUAAUGCGCCUUCAAAACUUCAAAAAUAUGAAUAACUCUCAUACUGGUGGGGUGAACCCGCUGUACUAAAUUUGGUGAAACUCGGAUGAACAUGUGGUUCAUCCGACUUAGCACGGCGCGUUGAACCGCUUUUGCCGCGCCGUUCACCCGAUAAAGCCGGGCCGUUCAACGGCUCGCUUUUUUAUUCGUUUUUUUUUUUAGUUUUCGGGUGAACGGCGCGGCAAAAGCGGUUCAACGCGCCGUGCUAAGUCGGGUGAACUACAGGUUGAUCCGAGUUUCACCCGAUUUAGCACAGCGGGCUCACCCCACCAAUACGAGAGAAGUUUUUCCAAGUCAUAAUUAUUUUUGCUUUUUACGGAUAUUUUUCGGAAAUCGCCUUCUCGAAGCUUGUUCAGAAGUCAGAACGUGUUUGAAGAAGCAUAGAAAGUCUUGAUAAUAGUCUAUAUAGUGCCUUUUUUCAUGUCACGCAAGAAAUCAACUCCUCAACAUGUUUUUUUUACAGAGAUCGCUUUCACUUGCCGUAAGAAGCGAGGAUUUUUUGUUUUGAAGAUUUCAUCGUGUGAAUGCGGAUCUUCUUCUACGGAAGGUGUGUUUUGAGACUGCUUUUAUUUUAAUUGAUUGAAAUUUUCAGAGAACGUCUUGAGAGGUCGACGUGGACGAUGUCAUCCGAAGACGCGAUUCUACCGGAACGCCAUUCUCAUCAAUGCGAUGAUGAAUCGAUCUCCACGAAGACCUCCCUCCCGUCAUACCCACCAAGUCAUGGGUUUCUUUCAACAGCAGCGAAAGACGACGCCAUCACCAUUCUCCACGCCCCGCUCUAUUAAUAAACCGAUAAAAAAUUAUUAUUAUUUUUGCUCUAAUUUUUUUUCCGUACAAGCUGGGUGGUACAGUCCUAUCGUACUUGCAUUCUCACGGUCGUGAAAUCAGUUCUUGGAAAAGGUGUUCUUGGGCAUGCAGAAAAUUCGGAGAUGUAGACUUUUCAAGGGAAGUGUUGCAGUGAUUUUUGGCGAAACCUUCUAUUUUUCUCACAAUUUCUUGGUUUCGUUUCAUUGAAAAUGAACCUAAUGAAAUGAAAUGACCAAUGGUAGUUCAAGGUAUCAACAUAGUCGGUCAACGAAUGGAUGAGAUACCUAUCCGAAUGUUCACAGUGUCUCUAAAAAUAAUCUCUUCCUGUUUGUAUGCGUAAUCUGGAUAUUUAUUGCCUGGCUAUGUUGAUGUAGUUUGUUCAGAUUUUGAAUGUCAAGUAUACAAUGAAGUCAUUUGGAAACGCUCUGUGAAUGGCUCGCUUCAUGAUUGGUUCAUCGCGCUAUAGGCGACGAUGCUUGAGCGACGACUUGACAUUCAAAAUCUGUACAGUACCCCGAUUGACCUGUGAGCAACAGAUGAGAAAUUAUUCUUUGAAGAAACUCUCAUGUUGGACCGUAGACAGACUCACAAUCUUUUUCGCUACGGCGCGCCUUUUGUCUGA